AUGGCGAGCAACAUGGAAGUUUUCUGCGAGAUCUUAAUCGCGAUCCUUCUUCCGCCUCUUGGAGUGUGCCUCAAGCGUGGCUGUUGCACUGUAGAGUUCUUGAUAUGCUUGGUGUUGACAAUCUUAGGGUACAUCCCAGGCAUAAUAUAUGCGCUUUACGUGAUCGUGUUUCAGAACCGUGAAGGAGAGACUCAGGAUUACAGUGCCCCACUCAAUUCUGCGUGA